AUGCAGCUUCAGAUAAAGAACGUACAAUGUGUGGCAUCGUGGUACUGGGAUGUGCCCAAGGAGUUAAAACGUGAUCUCCAUGAGGGCGAAGAUGAAGAUGAUGAAGAUGUUUGUGGUAUUUGCCGUGCAAGCUACAAUGGUACAUGUCCCAACUGUAAAUUACCAGGAGAAACGUGUCCACUUAUAGUGGGUUCGUGUCAUCACAAUUUUCAUGUCCAUUGUAUAUACCAGUGGCUAAAUACCUCCACUUCAAAAGGGCUCUGCCCUAUGUGCAGACAGGCGUUUUCUUUAAGAGAUGGUAUACGGAUUAAUGAGCCUCAUAAGGAGAAAUUUGAGAAGGUUCUAAUGAAGGCAAGACAACAAAACGUUGUCAGUGUUUCAGGUGUGAACGCUGCUGGCGGUGUAGAUCAAGAAGAUGUAAUGAUAGAUCAGGAAUUUAUUAGGUGA